AUGAAUCCUCGCGCAUUUCGGACCUUGAAGUUCGCCAUGUCCCAGAUUCAGACUCGCUCGUUUGCUAGUGCCUCGGCGACAAAACCGAGGCAUCUUCUCUCUAUCAGCGACCUCAGUCCUGCUGAGUUCACUCGGCUCGUCCUCAAUGCCUCCGCUCACAAGAAGGCCGUGAAGGCCGCUUUCGCCGCCGGCCAGGAGCCGCCAAAACCUCUCCAUGGCUCUCUGGCAGGAAAGACUGUGGCCAUGAUGUUCAGCAAGCGCAGUACCAGGACUCGUGUUUCGACGGAAGCUGCUGUCCAAUUAAUGGGUGGUCAUCCCAUGUUCCUGGGCAAGGAUGAUAUCCAGCUAGGGGUUAACGAAUGCUUACUUGACACAUCUGUUGUCAUUUCCUCCAUGACAUCGUGCAUGGUCGCCCGCGUGGGGCCACAUAGGGAGGUAACAGAAUUGGCGGAGCACUCGUCGGUACCUGUUAUCAAUGCGCUCUCAAGUGAUUUUCACCCUCUGCAGACAAUUGCCGAUUUCCAAACGAUCCACGAGACAUUCGGCGCCGGUCGGACGCCGACCGAGUCGAGCCUGGGUUUGGAGGGGCUCAAGGUUGCGUGGGUGGGCGAUUCCAACAAUGUGUUGUUCGACUUGGCCAUUGGCUGCGUCAAGAUGGGCGUCGACAUCUCUGUUGCGUCGCCCGCCGGCUAUGGCAUCCCUGAGAAGAUGCGCCAGGUGAUUUUGGCUGCUGGCGAGGGUGUGGCCCGCCCGGGCAAGCUGUUCGAGACGACAGUACCUGAGGAAGCCGUCAAGGAGGCCGAUAUCAUUGUGACGGACACUUGGGUGUCAAUGGGCCAGGAGGACGAGAAGCAGAAGAGGUUGAAGGCCUUCGCCGGUUACCAGGUAACCAACGAACUGGCCACAAGGGGCGGGGCUAAGCCGGAUUGGAAGUUUAUGCACUGCCUGCCGAGGCAUCCGGAGGAGGUGGAUGAUGAAGUGUUUUAUGGCCCACGGUCUCUCGUCUUCCCAGAAGCUGAGAACAGGCUCUGGGCUGCUGUCGCGGUACUGGAGGCGUUCGUGGUCAACAAAGGCAAGAUUCUGUAA